CAGGGGCCCGGUCGGGAUCCCCACACUACGAACCCCUCGGAGGGGCACCCGGCUUACUACCGCAACAUGUAUACCACACAUCGUACGACUUCAACGACGUCGGUCUUUCAAUCAUCGUCAAGCCUCUCUGUCUACGUCGGUUAGCGACCGUCCAACAUUUUGCAAAGCUGAGAAAGCAAACCCAACUACUCACCUCGCAAACCCCUCUACUCCUCCUCCUCCUCAUCAUGGCUUUCACCGUCUUGUCGGACGCAAACGUGAAGCAGCUCUUCCAGGGCUUCGGCCCGGACGACGUCGCGCUCAUGUCCGACGUCCUCACCGACGCGUUCCUGUCGUACUCGGUCGGCCAGGAGGCGCAGUACCAGCCCCACCGCGCCGCCGUCGUCCGCCCCAACGGCCAGACCGGCCUCUUCAUGCCCGCCACCAUGGAGGACGGCAUGUCCGUCAAGAUCGUCGGCCUCCCGCCCCCGUCUUCCGCGUCCACCGAUCUCCGCUGCGUCCUUACCGUCUGCGACGGCACCGGCAGGGCCGUCGGCAUCAUCAACGCCGAGGAGCUCACGGCCUUCCGCACCUCGCUCGGCUCCAUCCUGCUGUACCGCUACCGGAAGCGGACCGAGAACGUCGUCGUCUUCGGCGCGGGGAAGCAGGCCCUGUGGCACCUGAGGCUCGCCCUCGUCCUCCGCGGGGGCGACGUCGGUAGCAUCACCGUCGUCAACCGCUCGCGGGCGCGCGCUUCCAAGCUUAUCGAGCGGCUCCGGGCCAUGGGCAAGGCCAGCGGGGUGGGGGCCACCGAAGCCGUCUCGUUCACCAUCAUCGAGGCGACCCCCGACAGCGCGCCGGGCGACGACCGCCUCCGCUCUGCCGUCGAGGGGAGCGACGUCAUCUUCUGCACGACGCCGUCCACGCAACGCCUGUUCCCCGCCGAGUGGCUGACCUCCGAGCGCGCUUCCGCCAAGACCCGGUACAUCUCAGCCAUCGGGUCGUACAAGCUCAACAUGAAGGAGCUCGAUCCGGACUUCCUCCGCGCCGUCGUCGACACGCCCUUCGGAUCCUUCACCUCGGCCCGCGGGGGCAGCAAGGACGGCGUCGUCUUCGUGGACAGCCGCGAGGCCUGCUUCCUGGAGGCCGGGGAGCUGGUGGACGCCGGGAUCCCCGCCGGGAAGAUCACAGAGGUCGGGGAGCUUACCCACAGCCUCCGUGAGGCGGACGAAACGGAGGCGGAGCUGCUGCGCGACUGGCUGGGGAACGGGUUGAUUGUCUACAAGAGCGUUGGGAUUGGCAUCAUGGACCUAUCCUUGGGCAAGGUCAUUUUGGAGUUGGCAGGAAAGCAUAAGAUUGGCACAACACUCUCGGAUUUCUGAUUGCGGUCAUUGAGAAUGGCUACAGUUCCAACAUGUCUCGCUGGGAAGGAUAAGACAGGGUUGUGUAGGCCUUAAAUGACUCUGCUGGCACAGGAAUUUCCCUGUCUGCAAGUUUAUCACAUGGUUUUUUCCCCAUCUUUUCAGCAAAAGGAAACUUGGGAUUAAG